UCUCUUGUAUAGUUAUUGGAUGAUUAAUUCAAUAAUAGGGGAAGCCAAUCCAUUAAAUCUUUAACAUAUUUUACAUUUCCUAAUUAUCCAAGAUAUUCAUUAACCCAAAAAGUUGAAGAUGUGAAAUUUACAGAUCAUCAUUAUGGGACUGUUUUAACUUCAAUCUUGAUUUUCAGUCACUAAAACCACUAAUACACCAAUCUUAGAGUAGAAGAGAGAGUGUAGCAAUAUUCAUGGCUUCAAACAAGUUAGCUGUCGCGCUAUCCAGAAACAGUCGUAGAAUCGUGUCUGUUCUAGUGUAUUCAUUUCUUGAAUGGGUGUUAAUUGUUUUCCUUCUUACAAACUCCUUUUUCUCAUACAUGAUCAGAAAAUUUGCCAUUUACUUUGGCCUUAAACAACCCUGCAUUUUGUGUUCUAGAGUUGAUCACUUACUAGAGCCUGUGAAAACUACAGAUACUUACAAAGAUCUGGUCUGUGAGAUUCAUGCUUGUGAGAUAUCAAAACUGAGUUACUGCUCAAAACAUCAGAGAUUCACUGAAUCACAGGAAAUGUGCACGGAAUGUUCUCCUGCUAAGACAAAGGAUGUUAUAUCUGAUCAGAUGGUAACUAGUGAGAAAAUAUCAACCUGUUCCUGUUGUGCAAAAAUCUCGAACAAAAAACUUCAACAUUCUCGGUAUAUACCUUUCAGAGAAAGUUUAGUGAUCGAAGAAAUAGAAGAGGAGAAAAGUGAGGAGAUUUGGUCCAAAGCUAAUGAUGAUGGUAACCAUAGUUGCUCAGAAUGCGAACCUCAAAUCCUUUCGGAUGUUGGAAGCUUUUAUCUCAGAGAAGCCGCAGAAGAUGACAGUAAUGAAGAUGAAGAAGUGGAUGGUCAUGCAGCUGAUGAAAACAAGUCCAAAGUGAAAGAGUCCCUUCAUGGAAGUCUUCUAGAUGAGAUGAAGAAGAGUGAUCAGGACAUCUUCAGUACAAUCAGACAGCUGAAAUCAGAACUUGAAGCUGAACAAAAAGCUAGAAAUAAGCUGUAUGCUGAACUAGAGGCGGAGCGAAAUGCUGCUGCAAUUGCUGCAAAUCAGACAAUGGCUAUGAUAACAAGGCUUCAAGAAGAGAAGGCUGCAAUGCAGAUGGAGGCACUACAAUACCAAAGGGUGAUGGAGGAGCAAGCUGAGUAUGACCAAGACGCGCUGCAGCUGUUAAAUGAGGUAGUGGCCAAGCGAGAAAUAGAGACGCAAGAGCUUGAGAAAGAGCUAGAUGUGUAUCGAGAGAGGUUUUCUGAUUAUGAUGCUAAAGAGAAGGCGAUGCUGUUAAUUCAGAAAUGCAGUGGGAAUUUCUCUUCUUCGUGCAGCAUUGACAAUGAUAGUGAUGUGCUAUCUAUUGAUCUAAAUCGCCACUAUAAAAAAGCUGAAGAUGGUAAUAUAUCCAAGGAAAUGUCUCUUGUUGACUGCUCUAAGGAAUGGGGUGCAAUUGAAAAUUCACUGGAUGAGCUAGAGGAAGAGAGACUGUCCAUCAUAAGACGGCUCCAGGAGUUGGAAGAGAAGCUUCGGAGCAGUGAAAAACAGGAUGAAGAGAUGUUUGAGGAUGAAAAACAAACAGAUCUUUUAUUAGAAGAGCAGGAUAAUACUGAUUUAGACCCGAAUCCAGAGUUCUGCAGCCAAGAAGUUAACUUGGUCUCUUCUUGUUUUUCUACCAGCAUAGUAAAGAGUGAAAAUCAUCCAAAAACAAUGGCUUCUGUUGCUCGAAAGCUGCUUGAUCUUGUAGGAUCAGAAGAUGAUGAAAUGGAAGACAUGGCUUUGACUAGUAAAAUUGAAGUUGAAACCGAAAGCAAAAGGUUAGCAAUUGAGAAAGAAAUGGAGCAUGUUUAUGGAAGGCUACAAGCACUAGAGGCAGAUACGGAGUUUCUUAGGCACUGUAUUGGCUCUGUGAACAAAGGAGAUGAAGGACUUAGUCUACUUCGAGAAAUCUUGCAGCAUCUUCGGGAGUUAAGAGAUGCAGAAAUUUGCAUGUGAAGUAUGUAGGUGCUCUUGUGUCAAGGCCUCCAUCCUGAGUCCUUUGGACACUUUAUUUUUCCUUUUAUUUUUCGAUUCUGUCAUUAAGAUGCUCCUUUUUGCCUUCAACAUUGUUAAAUGUUUGGCAAGCCAGGCAAUCAUAUAAUUGUAGUAAUAGGUUUAGUUGGUUGAGGACCUUGAGGUUAAAUCUCAAAAUAGUUUUUAAUCUAUUCGUAGUAACAGAAAAUUAACUUGAACUAAUUUCUACCUUCAAAAACUAUUUUCCUUUACUACUCUAAGGGAAAAAAAAAUAAACUACUUGGCAAAAUUCUUAUUUUCGCCUUUUAGUAGUCAAUGUUAUAGUCUUAUAGAAGCUACUCAAAAAGAUGUUACCGAGCAGGGCUGGUUGCCUGGUUGACUUGUUAAACAAGCAGGAUUCACUUAUAA